GCGCCGCUCCACGCGCUGUUGUUGUGAUUGACAGACAGGAGUCAUGUUAAACUUUCGAUUUCCCGUCCUCCUUCACAAAUAUGCCAUAAUCACCUAAUCAGGAUGUCCGAUAUUCUUAUGAAGGAGAUGGAGAGCCUGUCUGUCAUCCCACUGAAGCCCGAGGAGAGAUUAGGCGGCGACGGAAGCUUUCUUUUGGUGGACGAUCAAGAAAACCUCCAGGUCCGAGAUGAGUCUCAGUUUUUGGACAGACUGGGCUGUGGAGAUGUGCCAGGAGUUAAAGUACUGUCAAUCUUUGGGAACACUGGAGAUGGCAAAUCCCACACACUGAACCACAUCCUGUUUGGAGGCAGAAGUGUGUUUCUCACCUCCAAGUCUCCCAGCUCCUGCACUGUGGGUGUGUGGGCUGCCUUCGACCCAGCCCUCAAUCUGGUAGCUCUGGACACAGAGGGGCUGCUGGGAGCAGCUGUCAACCAGAACCAAAGGAUGAGGCUUCUGCUAAAGGUACUGGCAGUAUCAGAUAUUGUGGUUUACCGAACUCGGGCUGAGCGUCUUCACAAUGACAUGUUCCAGUUCCUGAGCAGUGCGUCAGGGGCCUACCUCAAACACUUCACACCAGAACUGAGAGCCCUGUCCAGCCGUUGUGGACUUGAUGUGCCCCUGUCCUGUCUGGGACCGGCCGCCAUCGUGUUUCAGGAGACCACGCACACACAACUACUCGGACAUGACUCCACAGUGCCUGGUCACGCCGACACACUGCUCCAGAAGCGUUUUCAUGACUUGGGUUUGGGCACUGAGGCCUUUAGUUCAGUGCAGUAUGUGGGCACUCAGACGAUAGCGCCCCCUACAGACUACAGCAGACUACUGGAAGCUGUGACUCAACAAGUGAAAAACACGCACACUCGCUCCCCUCGGCAGCCUGGGAUCGUGUUUCGGGCUCUGCAAGCCUUGAGCGAGCGUUUCUGUGGAGAGCUCUCUGAUGAAAAAAUGACCUUGUAUUCGUUCUUUCCUGAUGAGUACUUCACUUGCUCUGCUGUUUGCCUUAGCUGCAAUAUUCGGUGUAAAAACGGGAUGAACCAUUUGCGAGACCGGGUCCCUCACAUGGCAGAUGGACUGUGUCAGUACGCCCACCAGUUCAACAACAAGGUCCUCAUCUGUAAGAGAUGCUAUGAAGCAGGCAGAGAGGUAAUUGUAGUGCCGAAAACCUCAGCAUCGAGUGACAAUCCAUGGUUUGGACUGGCCAAGUAUGCCUGGUCAGGUUAUGUGCUGGAGUGUGCGAGCUGUGGAGUGAUCUAUCGGAGCAGACAGUACUGGAUGGGAAAUCAGGACCCAGAGAGUGGAGUAGUCCGGUCAGAGGUCAAACACGUGUGGGAGGGGACCGACACAUUUCUGACAAACCAUCAGAAUGCAGCUCAGAGGGUUCUGGACGGGAUGAACUUUGUGAUCCAGUCUGUGUCUGAGUACAGCACAGGUCCCACUAAAGCCGUCACCGCCUGGCUCACAGACCAGGUGGCGCCGCCCUACUGGAGACCCAACAACGACAUCACUGCUUGUCACGGCUGCCAGAAAGUGUUUGAGGAGCUGGAGAGGAAGCACCACUGUCGCUCGUGUGGAGAGGGUUUCUGUCACCCUUGCUCCAGCCACAGGAUGCCCGUCCCAGAGCGAGGGUGGGGCAGCGGGCCAGUGCGGGUCUGCCAGUCCUGCUACAGACAGGGAGGGCCCGCCGACACCAGCAGCCAGGUGUGUAAGGUGGAGCCUCGGGGUCUGAUCGCACGCAGAGUCACAGAAGUGGCUCAGUCCACUCUCGACAUGGUCUCUACAGCUGUGGAUUACCCUCUGUGUUUUGUGAAAGAGGUAGCACGUCCUGACUACUGGGUCCCGGACGCUGACAUCACACAGUGUCACCAAUGCUCCAAAGUGUUCACCCCGAUCAUGUCCAAGCACCACUGCAGGGCAUGCGGGCAGGGAGUGUGCGGUCCCUGCUCUACCCACUUCAAACCUGUCCCGUCUCGAGGCUGGGACCACCCCGUCAGAGUCUGCGAUAACUGCCACGCGCGCCCCGAAGCUCUGUGAGGAAAGAGAGGGAGACAUAAUGGUUUUAAAGUAUAGUCAGUCUUCCCUGGACAGAGUGUGAAACACGGGAACUGACAGUGUAGCAAGAAUCAAUGAAAGAACACAAUGAACUAAAUCUACAACUGGAUUAUGAGAAAUUUUACUGAUUAUUAAAGGUGCACUAUGCAGCUUUUCUGGCCGCCAUGGAACUGUUUUUGCUUUGCCUGAAAUGUUCCUCAUCAUGGCAUUAAACUUGAAUAUUUUGCUUUUAUUUUAUUACGGGUGUUUUUUUUAAAAAACAACUUCAAAAACAUAUAUUCUAACUGUGAAUGGGGUUGCCUCUCCACAGAUAUGGCCUGUAACUUGGCCUGGUAGCAUCACCUGCUUGUUUCCGUUAUCCAUCUUCCACACCAUAUUGUGGAACAUUCUUGGCAUAGCAGUUACAAAUCCAUGGAGACAAGCAGGUUGUGACCUCUUUACAGAAAAAGUUACAUAGUGCACAUUUAACAGAAAACCACUAAAGGAAAUAAGUCUUUGUUUGAUCAACAUAUUAAUAGGAAGGACUUUUUAGCAUGGGUGUAAUAGUUCUUUUGCACAAUCCAGCAGUGGCCUUUACUGCAAUGGACUAUCAAAAGCGAGUAUAAGGGAUUAACUAUAACAACUAGACUCAGUUCAAGUCUGAUACAUGCAUAAACUCUUCACUGUCUUCUUAAUACGAAGUUGGCAGUACACAUGGUAGUCUUUUAAUAUGCAUAAAUAAUCUCACUUCUCUAUGCUAACUCUGCUAAUAUAUACAGAUAGUUAAUUUGACCAAUGUAUGGAAGGUUUGACAAUUAUUUAGAGACACAACUGUGUGUAUUUUUAUCAUGUAUUUAGUGUGGGUCAAUUUCAAACACUUACAUCAUUUUACUUAAAUCAUUUUAUUUGAGUUGUAUGCAGCUGGUCUGAAUUUUAAGAUUUGUAAUGCUAGAAACCAACCAAUCACUGAGCAGGACAUGUGACAUCAUUGUGGCCUUAUACUUCCUGCUUUUAUUUACAGGAUAUAAAAAAAACAAUAGCCAACCUGUGUAAUUUACUCAUAGAGGUAGGUGGUGCUGUUGCUUUUUCCAUCAACAUGAUUACAUCCGUAUACAUAGGAUUAUACAUCAGAAAGACUUGAGCUGCAAAUACUGUGCCUUUUUAAUAAUUUUGAAUUUCUCUGGCCACAAAGGUUGUUUUUAUUCAGAAUGCUUUAUUACAACCUUGGUUUAAACAGAAAAUAUUUAGCUCUACACAUUCCAGUGUAAUCAAAUACAUGCACACUGUUCUCUAGGUUAUUCAAUGGAGCAGGCUCUAUCUGUGGUUUCACUAAUAUAAUGGUAGUCUUAAAGGAUUACAACUGCAAUUUGAUCUGUAUCACUUAUACAAUUAAAAUUUCUUUUAAGAGGAAGUGAGUUUUAGAAUUGCACUUUUAUUACCUGAACUGGAUUUUUUAAUUGACUUUUUUAUUUACAGAGUAUUUUGAAAUGUUUUGUUUCAAAAUGGGGUUCAGUUCAAUAAAUCCAUCUAUAACUGG